UGAUGAAGAAGAGGAAGAGGAAUUGACUGUGCAAAAGAAGAAAAACAACACAAAAGUUAGUAAGCGAGAUCUUCGGGAAAAGAAUUCUUCUAAAUAUAGGACAAAGAGGAAGAAGUCUUCAGUUUCUAAGAAGCCUCUGAGAAAAUGAGGAAGGAAGAAACAUCGGUUGAAAAGAAAAGGAGGGCUGAGGAAGACGAUAAUGAUGGUUAUGGUUCUAUAGACAACACUCCAGCUCCAAGAAAAAUAGCAGAACUAAUGCAGGACGGAGAAAAAAGCAUACGUUGUACCAUCAGGUUCAGAUUUUGUGUCAUCCGGAUCAUCUGAUUACGAGUAUACCAUCUCUGAGGAAGAGAGAGAGCAAGUGAAAGGUUUAAAAUGUAGUUUGAGGAGUUCAUCAUCGUCAAAGAGAGUUCAGUAGUUUUAGGAGACUGGCCACCCUAAUAAACCUCUGGGAAUAAAGCGUAAGGAGAAGGUAGAGGAAACAAAGGCGGAAGUAAUAAAACCAGUUUGUGGAAUUUAUCUCACCGAGGAAAAUAAGUGAAAAUUGAGGGGCACACUGAACUGUUGCUGUCAUUAUUUUUGUUUUACCUGUAUUAUGGAGUGGCCAAAAGUGGAAUCUCGUUGCCCAUUGUACAAGCGAAGGUUCGAAACUAUCAGUAAAACUGACAGGUUAGCAGCUGGAGUUGAUUUGAGAUGGUCGAGAUACAAGUACAAAAAGCACGAUCAGAUCUACCCACCUUCCGAGGAAGAACUGAGAAUCUAUCUCGAUCCAUAUGAGAAUGUCACCAACGUGGAGAUGAUGAACUCAUGUUACUAUGCGAUAUUUGUGAUUCAUCAGCACACAUAUUGUGUUGGUCUCGGUCGGGAAGUACCUGAAGGCAGUUGGUACUGUGAUGGUUGCAGGCCUGUUGCUAUUGGAUUCUCUUGCCGAUCAAAGGACAAUAAACAAUUUAUACAGUAGGUUUUCACUCGCUUUGAAUGGCGGAGAAAGUUUAGACUCCACUGUAGGUCCUUCACCUCGCAUGCCUUCUUCUCCCAGUUUUGUGCCUUCA